AUGGGGUGAUUAGUACUCAUGAUUGCUAUUACACUAUUAGUAGGCGGCAUGCAUUUCCGUCACCCUUUAUAUAGAACCUUCAAACCUCCCUAGUCCCUCCCCACUACUGCUACUACUACGCUAUUCUUGUCCCUUCGCCUUCCCAAGAAUCUCUCGAAAUCACAUUCUUGAUCCCUUUGGUUGUCUUCUUUGCACAUUCUGCUUUCAGAAACUCAGUAAUCAACCUCACUCGAUCACCUCUAGUUUCUGCUACUCUUCUUCUCCGUCAAUGGCUUCCGAAGCCACAGCAAUGGUGUCGGAAGCGACGCUAGAAGGAAAUCCUCUCCUCGAGGAUUUUAUUUUCCCCCCUUACGAUGUUCUUGAAGCCAAGCAUGUCUGUCCCGGGAUUAGAGCGUUGCUUAAGAAACUCGAAAAUGAUUUGGUCGAGCUGGAGAAGACAGUGGAACCGACUUGGCCGAAGUUGGUCGUGCCGUUCGAGAAGAUUAAAGAUCGUUUGCAAGUGGUUUGGAGAAUGGUGAAUCAUGUCAAGGAUGUUAAGGAUUCUCCAGAACUUCGUUCUACCGUCAAGGAAGUUCAGCCAGAGAAAGUUAUGUUUGAACUUAAAUUGGGACAAAGUAAACCCAUAUUCAAAGCUUUCAGGGCUAUCCAACAAUCUUCUGACUGGCAGACAAUGAGUGAUGCUCGUAAACGUGUUGUAGAAUCCCAGAUAAAGGAGGCAGUUAUUAGGGGUGCUUCUCUUGAAGAUGACAAAAGAGACCAAUUCAACUGCAUUCAGCAGGAGUUGGAGAAACUGUCACAAAAGUUUGGGGAGAAUGUUUUGGAUGCCACAAAAAAUUAUCAAAAACUAAUUACAGACAAGAAGGACAUCGAUGGAUUACCUGCUUCUGCACUUGCCUUGGCUGCACAAACAGCAGUGUCAAAGGGUCAUGAAAAUGCUACUGCCGAGAAUGGGCCCUGGGUGAUCACAUUAGAUGAUCCAUGCUUUCUUCCUGUUAUGCAACAUGCUCGGGACCGAUCGUUGCGCGAGGAAGUCUAUUGUGCUUACAUAUCCCUUGCCUCUAGUGGAGAUCUCGAUAACACACCCAUCAUCGACCAAAUCCUGAAGCUUAGGUUGGAGAAGGCCAAGCUUCUUGGCUACAAUAAUUAUGCCGAGGUAAGCAUGGCAAUGAAAAUGGCCACUGUUGAUAAAGCUGCAGAGCUCCUAGAAAAUAUUCAAAGUGCUUUUUGGGAUGCUGCAGUACAAGAGAUGGAAGACCUUAAGAAUUUCUCUAGAAAGCAAGGUGCUGCAGAAGCUAAUGAUUUGAACCGCUGGGACAUCGACUUUUGGAAUGAGAGACUCCGCGAGUCGAAAUAUGACAUAAAUGAGGAGGAAUUACGUCCAUUCUUCUCAUUGCCAAAGGUUAUGGAUGGACUUUUUGGCCUUGCGAAGAUGCUGUUUGACAUUGAUAUAGAACCAGCUGAUGGCCUAGCUCCAGUAUGGAACAAUGAUGUCAGAUUUUAUCGCGUCAAAGAUUCUUCAGGCAAUCCAAUUGCAUUCUUCUAUUUUGAUCCGUAUUCUCGACCUAAUGAAAAACACAACCGUGCCUGGAUGGAAGAGGUUGUUGGUCGAAGUUGUGCACUUUCACAUGAUGGCACCUCUGCUAGGCUGCCUAUUGCCCUCAUGGUUUGCAAUCAAACUCCUCCAGUUGGAGACAAGCCCAGUCUCAUGACCUUCCAUGAGGUUAAGACUGUCUUCCAUGAAUUUGGUCAUGCACUUCAACAUAUGCUCACCAAGCAAGAUGAGGGACUAGUUUCUGGUUGUCAUGGGAUAGAAAGUGAUGCUACUGAAUUUCCUUCUCAGUUUAUGGAAAAUUGGUGUUAUCAAAGGUAUACUUUGGAAAGCAUUGCCAAACACUAUGAAACUGGAGAGAGUCUCCGGGAUGAAGUAUAUUUGAAUCUCCUUGCAACUAGGACUUUCUGUGCCGGUUCACUUUGCCUUCGUCAGGUACGAUUUGCAACUUUGGAUUUGGAGUUGCAUACAAAGUACGUUCCUGGUGGUUCAGAAUCCAUUUAUGACAUUGAUCAAAGAGUGGGUAAAAGAACACAAGUGAUUCCAUUGCUGCUCGAGGACAGGUUCCUUUGUAGUUUCACCCAUAUUUUUUCAGGUGAAAGUGCAGCUGAAUACUAUGGUUACAAGUGGGCAGAGGUGCUAGCAGCUGAUGCUUUCUCAGCAUUUGAGGAGGUUGGAUUGGAUAACAACGAGGCUCUCAAGGAAACUGGUCAUAGGUUCCGAGAUACCAUUCUUGCCCUUGGAGGUGGAAAAUCAGCACUUGAGGUUUUUGUGGAAUUCCGAGGGCAUGAACCUGAAGUAGGAGCACUUCUCAGGCACAAUGGCCUCCCAGCAGCUAUAGCUUGAGUUCACUGUUAUUCAGAUUUGUUGGGAGACAUUCCCAUGUUGCAGGGGAGCUUCUUGUCUCCCCCAAAGUAAGUAAGCUCUGUUGUAGGCCUGUAGCCAUCACCAGUCUUAGAUUUUCUUGCAAAAAAAAUACGAUAAAUUUGUUUGCUCGAUGCACUUUAUGAUCUGAAGUUAGACAUAUGGUUAAAUGCAGACAAUUGUGGACAGUUUUUUUAAGGUA